CCAGCAACGAUCCCAUCUUCGAUUUCAGCUCUCUGCUCUACCCCACGUCCUCCGAAGCCCGGGACCCGAGCACCAUGUGGAAACACUGGCUAGCGCUAGCACUGGUGGCCGUCGCCCUGGUCCACGGCGAGGAAGAACAAAGGAGCAAAUCCAAGAUCUGUGCCAAUGUGUUUUGUGGAGCUGGCCGGGAGUGUGCAGUCACAGAGAAGGGGGAGCCCACAUGCCUCUGCAUUGAGCAAUGCAAACCUCACAAGAGACCUGUGUGUGGCAGUAAUGGCAAGACCUACAUCAACCAUUGUGAACUUCAUAGAGAUGCCUGCCUCACUGGAUCCAAGAUCCAGGUUGAUUAUGAUGGACACUGCAAAGAAAAGAAGUCUGUGAGUCCAUCUGCCAGCCCAAUUGUCUGCUAUCAAGCUAACCGCGAUGAGCUCCGGCGUCGCAUCAUCCAGUGGCUGGAAGCUGAGAUCAUUCCAGAUGGCUGGUUCUCCAAAGGCAGCAACUACAGUGAGAUCCUGGACAAGUACUUUAAGAACUUUGAUAAUGGUGACUCUCACCUGGACUCCAGUGAAUUCCUGAAAUUCGUGGAGCAGAACGAAACAGCCAUCAACAUCACCACUUACGCUGACCAGGAGAACAACAAACUGCUCAGAGGGCUCUGUGUUGAUGCUCUCAUUGAACUGUCUGAUGAGAAUGCCGACUGGAAACUCAACUUCCAGGAGUUCCUCAAGUGUCUCAACCCAUCCUUCAACCCUCCUGAGAAGAAGUGUGCCCUGGAGGACGAAACUUAUGCAGAUGGAGCUGAGACCGAGGUAGACUGCAAUCGCUGUGUCUGUUCUUGUGGACACUGGGUCUGCACUGCAAUGACCUGCGAUGGAAAGACUCAGAAGGGAGCCCAGACCAAGACACAGGAGGAGAUGACCAGAUAUGUCCAGGAACCCCAGAAGCACCAGGAAACAGCUGAAAAGGCCAGGAAGGUAAACACCAAAGAGGUCUAACAAGAAGCACAGCACCGUGUCUGGAGCCCAGCGCCGCCUCCUCUUCGGUGCUGAGACCAUGAUACAGGAGCAUCUGCUGUGAUCACCAAACCAUCAGUAUUUGCUUGUCUGGCAAUGAAUAUUAUUUUGUUUGUUUUGCAAUGAAGGAAAUGAGGGUGGCUGGCUAGCAGGGGGGGAGGGAGGCCACUCCCCUCAUUUCCAGGAAUGCUUUAAGAGAAACUCAAGGGCACUUUGGGGCUGGAGGCAAGUAAGGAAACUGCAUCAGGCUGCCAGAGGAGCAGGCCCGGGUCUGAACCAAUCCUUUCAGGGGUCACAGCAGCUGUUGGAAAAGCAUGUGAUGUUGGGGGGAGGGCUGAGCUGGCUCUGCUGGAGGAAGAGUGGGGAGCUCUGUGGAGAGGAAUCCUGCUGCCUUGACCCUUGUCACUACUGUCAGCAUGACAAACCUGCACCAUAUCUGCUUCCCCUGGGUCCCAACAAUCACCUGAAUACGCAGCCAUCCCACAUCUGUGCCCUCAGAUGUGGAUGGACUUUCUAGGAGAGUGUUUAAGUGAUGCAGAUACUUAUGUACUUCAAGCGCCAUAGACACCUAACCCAAAAUUUUAAAAUAGACUUCUUUUUUUUU